AUGGCGACGUUAAUCAGAAGCAAGCUUUCUAAUAAACUGACAAAUGCAGCCACGGCUGUGUCCAACAAAUCCCAGGCGAAGGUGAGUGGCAUGUUCGCCAGGAUGGGUUUCCAGGCCGCCACCGACGAGGAGGCUCUGGGCUUCGCCGCCUGUGACGACCUGGACUACGACCACCGGCAAGGCAUGCAGAUGGACAUUUUGUCAUCCGAUGAGAUGGGAGGAGAGGGGAGCGGAGACGGAGGUGUGCUGGAGGGGGACAGCCACUACCAGAGGGACGGCACCGGUCCACCGCAGUCAGCCUCAAAGGACGGAGGUCCGACGAACGAGUUGAGUGAAGUAAGACCAAAAAUCACCGCUUGGGAGGCGGGCUGGAACGUCACGAAUGCAAUCCAGGGGAUGUUUGUUCUCGGGUUGCCCUACGCCAUCCUGCACGGAGGAUACCUCGGACUCUUUCUCAUUAUUUUCGCCGCCGUAGUGUGCUGUUACACGGGGAAAAUCCUCAUUUCCUGUCUGUACGAGGAGGACGAAGACGGGCAGCUCGUCCGUGUGAGGGACUCCUAUGUGGACAUUGCCAACGCCUGCUGCGCGCCCAGAUUCCCGUCUUUAGGUGGCCAUAUCGUGAAUGUAGCCCAAAUCAUAGAGUUGGUGAUGACUUGCAUCCUGUAUGUGGUGGUCAGUGGUAAUCUCAUGUACAACAGCUUCCCCAACAUGCCAAUUUCCCAGAAGUCGUGGGCCAUCAUCGCCACCGCCGCUCUUCUCCCCUGCGCCUUCCUCAAGAACCUGAAAGCCGUCUCCAAGUUCAGCUUGCUGUGCACGCUGGCCCACUUUGUCAUCAACAUCCUGGUCAUAGCCUACUGCCUCUCCAGAGCGAGGGACUGGGCCUGGGAUAAGGUCAAGUUUUACAUCGAUGUCAAGAAGUUCCCCAUCUCCAUUGGGAUUAUCGUGUUCAGCUACACCUCGCAGAUCUUCCUGCCGUCUCUGGAGGGAAACAUGCAGAAACCGAGCGAGUUCCACUGCAUGAUGAACUGGACUCACAUCGCUGCCUGCAUCCUCAAGGGCCUGUUCGCCCUGGUGGCCUACUUGACCUGGGCUGACGAAACCAAGGAGGUCAUCACAGACAACCUGCCCCCGACCAUCCGAGCUGUCGUCAACAUCUUCCUUGUGGCCAAAGCUUUGCUGUCGUAUCCGCUGCCGUUUUUCGCUGCCGUCGAGGUAUUAGAGAAAACGUUUUUCCAGGACGGGGGACGUGCGUACUUUCCAGACUGCUACGGAGGCGAUGGACGCCUAAAAUCCUGGGGACUCACUCUCCGAUGUAGCCUUGUUGUGUUCACCUUGCUCAUGGCGAUCUAUGUGCCACAUUUCGCGCUCCUCAUGGGUCUCACUGGCAGCCUGACAGGUGCAGGCCUGUGCUUUCUGCUUCCCAGUCUCUUCCACCUCAAGCUUUUAUGGAGAAAGCUGCUAUGGCACCAGGUUUUCUUUGAUGUCGCCAUCUUUGUAAUAGGAGGUAUAUGCAGCAUAUCUGGUUUCAUCCACUCAAUGGAGGGGCUCAUAGAGGCUUUCAGAUAUAACAUAGAAGAAUAG